GAUAGUUUAUUACUGUAUCUGUCUCAAAUAUGACAAUAAAUGACAACAAGAACACAGCUUUAAUUAAGCUGCCAGCACAAGUAAACUUUUUAGUGAGUUAAGUGCUUUUGCUCCGAGGUGCAGGCCAACUGAAAACAGUAAACACGCUGCUGAAGCUGCCACAGUCACCUCUCUGCCGAUGCUUUAAGGAGCACCUGUCGUCCCAACAUCCUUUGCGUGUCCAAUAUGGAAGAACUGGCGGUGGAGGUCCGUGGCUCCAACGGGGCUUAUUACAAGGGCUUUGUCAGAGAUAUCCAUGAUGACUCUCUCACGAUUGCCUUUGAGAACAAUUGGCAGCCAGAAUGCCAGGUGCCCUUCAGUGAGGUCAGGUUGCCACCGCCCCCAGAUGCCAAGAAGGACCUUGGAGAGGGGGAAGAGGUGGAGAUCUUCUCCAGAGCCAAUGAUCAGGAGCCUUGUGGCUGGUGGUUGGCUAAAGUCUGCAUGAUGAAGGGAGAUUUCUAUGUGAUUGAGUAUGCAGCCUGUGAUGCCACCUACAAUGAGAUAGUGACCUUUGAGCGCCUGCGUCCAGUCAACACCAACAAGGCUGUCACCAAGAACUCCUUUCACAAGUGCACUGUCCCUGUUCCUCAGGAUCUACAAGAAGCGUGCCAGAAUGAGAAUGCCCAUAAGGACUUCAAGAAAGCUGUGGAAGCCUGUCGCGUCUCAUACUGCCCUGAGACCAGCCAACUAGUGAUUGUGUCCACCAAUGAGAUGACGGUGAAACGUGUGUCUUUGCUGAGUGACAUGCACCUACGCAGCCUCAGGACCAAGCUGCUACUAAUGUCACGCAACCAGGAGGCCACAAAACACCUGGAGAGCUCCAGACACCUGGUGUCGUCCUUCCAGGAGGAGUUUAUGGUGAGACCGGAUCUGAUGGGCCUGGCCAUUGGCACCCAUGGCAGCAACAUCCAGCAAGCUCGCAAAGUUCCAGGUGUCACUGCCAUUGAGUUGGAUGAGGAGACUGGCACUUUCAGGAUUUAUGGAGAGACAGCAGAGGCAGUAAAGAAGGCCAGGAGCUUCCUGGAGUUUGUGGAGGAUUCUGUCCAGGUGCCAAGGAACCUUGUUGGGAAAGUGAUCGGUAAGAACGGUAAGGUCAUCCAGGAGAUUGUGGACAAGUCCGGUGUGGUGAGAGUCAGGAUAGAAGGAGACAAUGAUACCAAACAGCCCCGACAGGAAUUGACACAGGGACUGGUCCCCUUCACAUUUGUCGGUACUAAGGAGAGCAUUGGCGACGUUCAGGUCUUGCUGGAGUACCACAUCUCCUACCUCAAUGGCAUGUUGGAGCUUCUUGCAGAGGGCCAGCAGAUAGAAGAAGAGCUGAGGCAGAUUGUGGAUUAUAAACAGAGAACCAGCCUAGCGAGAUUCAGAAUAAGCAGCACAAGGCACACUGGAUGUGAUUUAGCUGAGGUUGAGCAGCUUCGUCUGGAGCGGAUGCAAAUUGAUGAACAGUUACGCCAGAUCACCCAGGGCCACCGACCAGCUGACAGGGACAGAGGGGAGAGAGGAGGAGGAGGAGGAGGAGGGUAUAAUACAGACAGCAGUGCCAAUGCCUCCUCAUCCUCCUUACAUGUCAGUCGCUCAUACAAUGGUCGAGGGCGUGGGCGCAGAGGCCACGGCUAUAGUACUGGAUAUGGCACCAACUCAGAGCACUCCAAUGUGUCUGAGACCGAUUCAGAGCGCAGGGAUGAGCUCACUGACUGGUCCCUGGCUGGAGAAGACCAGGACAGGGAGAGGGAGAGGGGCCUGCGAUCACAAAGAGAUGGCCGUAGGAGGCCUGGACCCGGCAGAGGCCGAGGAGGGCCCCGGGGACGGGGAAGAGGAGGACGAGGAGGAUACAGCAACAGCUCUGUGGGGCCUCGGGACCAUGACGAUAACCAUGCCUAUGCAGUUUUGGACACUAACACGGAGACAGACCAGACUGCCGAUACAGACGCUAGCGAGUCCAACUUUCCUGCAAACCGCCGCCGAAGAUCUCGACGACGCAGGACAGAUGAAGAUGCCACGCUGAUGGAUGGCUUGAGCGAGUCAGACAAUGCCUCAAUGAGUGAAAAUGGAAUAGAUGGCUCUGAAGCUAAACCUCAGCGUCGCAACCGUAGUCGACGUCGCCGACUCCGCCUGCCUGAGGAGAGGCAGCCAGUGACUGUGGCGGACUACAUAUCCAGGGCUGAAUCUCAGAGCAGACAGAUGACCCCCAAGGACACCAAUAAAAACAAGGAUAUGGGUCAAGUGGAUGCCAUUGCUGAGCACAGCCCGCAGUCUGCCCCGGCAACUACCAAUGGCUCUAAUAACAACCCUGGCGACAGUGAGGGCAGCAGUGCCAGCAGAGCUCCCACUGAGAGGCCCACCAAAGUCUCCUACAAGGAGGACUCGAGCCCGGAACCUGUUGCUAAUGGGCUCUCUUAGUCAGAUCCCAACAAUGGAAGUGGUUUCUAAUAUUUGAACUUUUUUGGGUGCACUUGAUUGAAUCUCCCUGUCUCUAGAGAAGCUAUGGGGUGAAACAUUUAAAUACAACACGCACUGUCCUUUUCUUUUAUUUUACCAAUAUUUGAAACCUGUUCCACUGUGUAAGUUUUAGAGGUCUCAACAUUAACCUCCCCUUUACACGUGUUCUGUCCAACUAUCCAUUUUACUGCAAUUUUCUUUCUUUACAGUAGUUCUUCCUGUAUGAGCUUGCCAAAGAUAGUCAAACACACAGAGACAUACAGACAUCUCUCCUUAGCUGUACUUUUCAGUCCACUCGACAAGAGGUCGGACUGAAUGCAGUAUUUAUAAAAUGCAGAAAGGGAUUCGACUCAAACCCAUACUGUGGUAUGAAUGCAACUGUUUUUUAUUCGCAAAAGUAAUUUCAUAGCAGGGUUUUAAAAAAGUACCUUUUCCCAGGUGUACUCAGAAAGAUGCUUCCUCAGCCUGUUUUCAAGAUGUUUUGUGCAUCUGAAGUAGUGGGUAACUUAAAUGUUCUGCAUGAGCUAUACCACAGUGCAGGUAGGUUUGUUGGAAACCCAAGUAUGUUUAAUAUACACGUGAUCAGCUGUUGUGCCUUGAGAGUAGAAUCAACAUGUUGUUGCCUGGCUCUGCGCACCGUCUGAAAUCCUUUCACUUGUUUCCGUGUUACUUAGUUGCCCUUGCCAGCCGCAGUUGAUCUGUUAUGGCACUGUAGGCAGGCGGAGGCUAACACUGAAAGACCCCAGAAAGAUUUCAGAGGCAUAUCUUUUUAAAAUCAGGUGUGUCUAUUCUUAAUGUUUGUGGAGAAAAUGAGUCCAGUUAUCCUUUAUAUAUAUCUGUUUAGGAGUUUGACAUUUGCUGCUUUCUCUUUUUCAAUAUGCAACCACUUCGGUCAUAGAAGAAAUGUAAUUACAGCGUGUCUGGAAAAGAAAUAGAAGAGUUGUUUUCUUUGCACUGAAAUGUAACCAUUUUCUGUUAAAAAGUUGAUUGUAAUUGAGUCUGAAAACUGGCAUGUUACUGUUUAGUGC